GAGGCGGCCACCACGCGACAAACAUCUUUCAGCAUAUUUGUUAAAUAACGCUGUACUGUUUAGUGAGUGCUAACACUUUUCCAGCAUUUCGAGGCUUCGUGUGUUAUUGUGGUGGAUUAUUGAGUGAUUGAGAUCAUCUGCGACAAUGCCGGACUUGUUGCUGAUUUUUCAAUUGACAUACGAGAGAUAGAAAAAGUGUUGCAAAGAGUUUAUUUUAGUUUGUUUAUGAGACAUCUGAUUGAUAUGUCUGUUGUCAAAUUGAGAAUGAAAUAGUUGAAAUUUGGAGUAACGUGCGAAUGCCGCCGGGUCAAGUGUAUGCGAAGGUGAGAGGAGUGGAUAAUUGCAGCAAUCUGCAACCGGUAUGAGUAACAUCGAAGGGCUUUCGAUGCAAGGAGCCAGCACGAAUGCGGCUGCCGGUGGUGUUAGCUUGUCUGAAGACGUUGAUAUGGCAAGUCCUACAUCAGCUGCGUCUAAUCCAAAACCUCGUAGUGGUAAAAUAAGUUUUAGUGUUGAUGCCUUGCUAAGUGGAACGAAAAAAUCACCAGUUAAUAAUUCGACCAGUAGAAGAGGAACAAGUAGUAUAGAAAAUGGUGAUGAUUUGGCAAGUAGUGAUGCGUCGGAAAAGAGUUUGGAGAUGCAGGAUGAAGCUCGUAGAUAUAGAGACUUUCUUAUCAUGGAACAGGAGCGGCAAAGAAGUUUGCAUAAUCGUGAACUUUUAGCCAGGUUGAGUCCAUUAACUGCAAAUAGCUUGACCAGUUUUGCUAAUCUCCAACAGCAGCAUCUUUCUCAUCAUCACCAUCAUCACCAUAGUGGGCGUUGUAAUCCAUCAAGCUCCGAUUCUGGAAGAUCUAGCGAGCAUCGACAAGACACAAUCACUGUGAAGGAUUUCUCAAGAACGUCACGAAUAAAUGAGAAAUCUUCAUCACCCGUCGGUUUGACGGAUGAACGAUUGAGUGGCAAUGGAAACAGUUCACCUAAGCAACUUCUUCACCGGCGAACUGAAGAUGAAGAACUCGACGACGACGACUUAGACGACGAAAGACUGGCAAACCAUUCUGUAUCACCAACACGAUUAGAGUUGGAUAAUGAGCGAAGUGACUCCGAAGCACCGAGAUCUCUCGAAGGCGACGGCAGCUGUGAAAGGCUGAUGGACGUCGGCAGUGGUUCCAGGUCGGAAGAUCUAAAUGUUAUGGAUUCGGAUGGUGAAAUAGAGCAUGAUGCCGACGGUGGAAGUAAACGAGAUAAAGAAAAAUCAACUCCAGUGAUACCUCAACCAAUUCAUCCUGGUGGACAAAGACCUCCAGGACCCUACUUAGGAACUCCAGGAACAGCAUCCGGAUGGUCUCCCGCGGGAUUUCCGCAUUCUCUUGCCAGUUUCGCGUGGCUACCCCCACCUCCACAUCCGCAUAAUCCGCAUGGACAUCUGUACACGCCCCAGGGUGGACCUACUAGUCCAAACGGAGAUUUACGAUUACCUGGACCUGGUCCUGGACCAGUCAGAUGUACUUUGAGGAAGCAUAAACCAAACCGAAAACCAAGAACUCCUUUUACCACUCAGCAAUUAUUGUCUCUUGAAAAAAAGUUUCGAGAGAAACAAUAUCUUACGAUAGCAGAGAGAGCUGAAUUUUCAUCAUCACUUCAUCUAACAGAAACACAGGUCAAGAUCUGGUUCCAAAAUCGUCGUGCUAAAGCGAAACGACUGCAAGAGGCGGAGAUUGAGAAGCUCAGGUUAUCAGCAAGACCACUAUUGCAUCCAAGUUUCAGCACUGGUCUCAUGUUCUCAGCUGGGGUUGGUCCACCUGGUGCUCCCGGUGGAGUUCCACCCUUUAUAGCAGCAGCUAUGGCUAGACAUAGUCAUGCUGCUGCCACUGCUGCUAUGUUUAUGGGUCCUCCUGGACACCGGCCUUGAACUCUUUCUGCUUGUGUGAGUGGAUGGAAGAAGUUCUUUUCUUUGAUAACUCUUGAUCAUCUGGAAGGUAAAUUAUUGACUUUUAUCAAAAAUACAAGAAGCAGACAUGUUUCAGUGAGUUUGUUCAAAACACUUGCAUCCUAUGGUUUCAAUAAUAUUGAGUAUUUUGUAAGAUUAAAUUGUUAAAAUGUUUUUUAUUUUUUUUUUAAGUGGUUUAUAAUAUUUUUCUAUCUAGAAUUGAACUAGAA